UAUGCUGACGUAAAAGAUCAUGUGGUUUUUGUCGUCGAUCCCCCCUAUGAGCAACGAGGAGGUGUUUUUUUUCUCCUCUCUACUGUUGUCUUUAGGUUAGCUAUGCUACAAUCUUUACUGUACCCAGCGCUAGCUAUAUGCGCCCCGCACCGCACCACUUUGGAUAUCUGGGAAUAAUCAACUUCCAGCCUGUCGCACCUCGCAACCACAGACUACACACAGAUUACCCAGAGUGCCACUGGUCUGAGAAACGUUCCACUGAGAAGACGGCAGACUGAGAGAGAGAGAGAGAGAGAGAGAGAGAGAAAUCAGGAAGAACUGACAGUGUUUGAAGGAGGAGGUCACAUCUCAGGAAGAGCUCCGCCCCCUCCAGCGAAGCCCCUUCUCUUAGAGGAAGUGGAGUUUUGGAGCUGCUGGAGGCUCUUCUUGAUCGGCAGUCUUUUCACCUGUGGCACAUCACACUACGGCGCAAAUUUGCAAGCUUGAGCGCCGCUGCUGUCUGUGAUGCCCUCCCAUGACGCCCUGGUCGGUAGCUGACGCUGCCAGUGAGCGGGAGACGCCACUGCACAGCCGGUCCUGGGCCUGCACCGUCAGCCGGUUCUCGCCCUCCCUCUUGCAUGCUGGAGACUCCACCUCCACUCACCUGCCAGUAUCCACAGCCAUCAACUACAAUCCACCCCAGUAAGGUUUGCUUGAAAACCGACACGCUGACGUCCUCGGCCACCAGCAGCAGCAGCCAAAAACCACAAUAUCGUCUAUUCAGACAGCAACACCAGCACCCCCAUUAUCACCACCGCCACCAGCAGCAGCCAUCAUGUCCAGUCGUAGGAAGUCCUCCAACCCUCGCAUGGUCCAGGUCAUCAGCGACCUGCCUGAAGAACAAGAUGAACCAGAGGAGGUGAUGGACAUAGAAACACUGGGCGGCAACACUGUGGCAGAAAAAGAACGAUCAGGUUCAUCUGAACCAACAGAAAAAAUGCAGCAAGAGAUUCUAGUGAAUCCAGACCCAGAGACGUUUCCAAAACAAGUGGAAAAACAAAACUUUGAGCCAUUAGAACAAGAAGAGCAGACCGGUAAAGGGGAUCAAUCCCCGAUCUUUAAAAGUGCAGAAGCAGUAGAGGUGAAAGAAAAGGAAGGAAUGAAAUCUGACCAGGUUUCCCAGAAAAAGCAGCCAAGGGGCUACGAGUGCAAAUACUGCCCGUUUUUGACGCAGAACCUGAAUGACUUUAAGGAACAUGUGGACUCCAGCCACCCUAAUGUCAUUCUGAAUCCUCUGUAUCUCUGUGCUGUGUGUAACUUCAACACCAAGAAGUUUGACUCGCUCACAGAGCACAAUGAGACCCAACACCCAGGUGAGACGAACUUCAAGUUUAAGAGGAUAAAAAUGAACAAUCAGACUAUCUUAGAACAGACAAUCGAAGGCAUAGACAAUUCAGCUCAAUGCGAAAUGACAAAUGAACAAAGUGAAAGUGACAGCAGCUCUGUGUUUUCACCUUGCAUAUCUACCACGGUAAAAACCCCAGGUCAUGUACAGUCGCUCUGUGGAGGGACUGAACUGAAAAACCAGCUGAACGGCUUCAUCCAGAAGGAUCAAAUCACAGCAGUGAACAUCAAUGGAACAGUCAUAUUCCCUGAACCUACCAUCCUCCAAGGGCUCUCCCACGUCACCCCAAUGCUCCAGCGCCCACCCAACUUUAACUCUGUACCAAAAAUAGCCGUUCCCUUGAACACCACCAAAUAUAACCCAUCUUUAGAUGACAACCUGACACUGAUCACUUCAUUUAAUAAGUUUCCUUACCCAACACAUGCUGAGCUUUCAUGGCUUACAGCUGCUUCCAAGCACCCUGAGGAACAGAUCAAAGUCUGGUUCACCACCCAGCGGCUGAAGCAAGGCAUCACCUGGUCCCCGGAGGAGGUGGAGGAAGCCAGGAAGAAAAUGUUCAAUGGUUCUAUUCCUCCUGCCCAUCACACGUUCACCAUCUUGCCUACAAGCCCUAUCUCUCAGUCAUCUACCAAAGCUUCAAAGCAGCCCGUUGUCCACACAACAGUCGAGCAUCCGGGUCGCAUUCGAACGAGUGUAUCCAAUGGGUUAAAUGUUGUCACCUCAAACUCUACUUCUGGAGUCUCUCAUGGUUCCAGCCACUCCCUUAAACGAUCCCUGACAACACACCUAACGUCAGUAUUCAGCCCAGAAUUGAAGCGACCCAUCAUGGCUGUUGCCCCCCAUUCUGGUGACCCUAAAGACAAGGUCCUAAUGGCUCCUCCUCCACCACCUCCUCCUCAGAAAGACCGCCUUCCAAUGGCUCCACCUCCUGUUCCUGUGGAGAUGAAGAGACCUGUAGCAGCUCCUCUGGUUAAUGCAGAGAUGAAGAGGCCAUCAGUUGCUGUGCCUUUAAUGCCACCACCACCUCCAUCGUCUUCAUCGCCAUCUAUGUCAUCCAAAGGGAAAAAUCUCUCCACAACAGGAAACCAUAAAACAAAACCAUUGGUGUCUCUGCCCUCCAUGAUGUUUCCUGAGUCCUUAACAAGGCCAAUGAUAGCUCCUCCACCUAUCUUCGCACCACCAUUUAAAAACGCUUUACUUGUUCCUCGUACUCCUCACAUCUUUUCCAAAGAAAAGCAAGCUAAUACCCACACUUUGCCAGCUGCUGAUUCAAAUCUGCCGAACUCCCCUCCGCUCAUUAACUCACAAAUACGGAGGCCAACUAUUAUUCAGUCCAUUCGCACUCCAGCUAAAGCCUCUUCCCAGAUUCAGGGCUUCCCUAAGGAACAGCAAGGAAUGGAGCUGAAAGCCAGUUACCCGAAAGGAGACAAGGUUGCCAGUCCUCUUGCAGAAGCCAAUGGUAAAUGGUCCCAGGAUACCCACAACAACGGUAUUAUAGAUCUUGAUGGCGGGGAGACACCAGCACCACGAAAACCAGAUUUUCUCCACAAGUCUUCUGUGCUGACCCAGUUCCCUUUGCUAGAAAGAAUGAAAGGAAAAACAGCAAAACAGCUGAAGAUCUUAGAGGAGAAUUUUUUGCGAAAUAGCUUCCCCACACAUAGUGAUGUGGACAAUCUGACUGCCACUACUGGCCUGUCUCAUCAGGAAAUCAACAGCUGGUUUGUGGAGCGCCGUGCACUGCGUGACAACCUGGAACAAGCCCUUCUCAACUCCAUGGGUACCAAGAAGAUGGGUAUCGGUGGUAUUGCUGGCAUUACUGGGAAAUCAUUACAUCAGCAACAGCAGCUUCAGACUAUACAACUAAAUGGGAUUCACAAAACAAGUACCAGUGUGGGUAAUCUAAAAAGCCCUCCUCCACCUUUGCACAGCCUCUCCAUUAUUGCCCCAAACAUCAUUUCACCCUCCAUCCCCAACCUGAAUUCCUGCUCAGUGCCUCCAGAUAGCCGAUCCCUGGCACUCCUCAAGGACGAUUUUGCUCAAACACGGUGGCCUUCCCCUGAGGAGUUUAGCCAACUGGAGGGUCGGACGGGACGCUCCGAACUCGCCCGCUGGUUCACAGACACAAGGCUGCAGAGCAGCAGCAUGGAACUGACAGAACUUUUUCACAACAAUGGAAUGAAUGGAGGGCAGGGGCAGCCUGUGUGUUCCCCUGAAAAUACUCCAUCCAGCAUCAUCCAGCGCUGCCAGGAAGGAGCUGUAAAAAACAACAGUAAGGUGCUGGAUGUUGAAUUGGGCUGGCUGAUGGACCAGCGUUCAAAGAGUCAACAGCAUGCUGAGCUCCAAGAGCGGUUUGCUGGCAGACUGAGGCAGCAGAGCGUGGCGGAGCUGAAGAACGGGGGACAGAACGGGGGAGUCUUGGGAGGAGCGCAGGAGGUCUUCGGAAGCUGGCUGGAGGACGGACAUUUAAGGAGAGGGCGAGACCUGCUUCUGGACAGAGAGAGGAAGAUGGCAGAGGACACAUCUGGAAGACUGACUGGAUAAACGGUGCGAAUCGGAUUUGCCGCCAUCACCGUCACUGCUGCUGGAAACAUACAGGAGGAAAGAAAAUGAAGAAUGGAACAACAGAAAAAAAGAGUUUUUUUAAUUAACAGAUAUUGUAUUUUUUUCUUUUUCUUUUUUUUUUUUACCAGUUUUUAGCUAUUGAUUGUCGCAUCCAAGGUCAUGCACGGCAACCUCCUUUGUCACGUUGUUGGUACUGUCGUCAUUGUUCUAGACAUGAAAUGCCCCCAACGAUUGCAACAAAAGAGUGAGUUUAAAUAAGAUGAGGUCUCUGAGGAGGCAGAUUUUAUUUUAGAGAUGAGCAAACAUGCACCUAAAUUGAAAUCUGAGUGCAAAGAGAAAUUCAGGGUCACGAUCCCUGAAGAUAAUUACACUUUCCCUCCCUUCAGCUUUGAGUUCACACAGCGAUGUGAAUAUUACAAAACAAAGUAGGAGCAAGGCCACACCCUGGAUAUGCAGAGGCAAGGCUCUGUGCAUAGACACUACCAAGAGGUGCAGCUUUUAAAUGAGAGGCUGAUUUGAAAAAUGCUGUAAACAAUCAUAGUGAUCAAAGAUGUGGCAGAUAAUCAUUGUGCUGAAGCUUCUUUCUGAGGCAUUUACUGUUUUACUUUAUCAGGUUUAAGUUCAUAUUUCCCUUUAGAGAAGUAGAACCAUGGCUGAAUCUUAUUUAGGCGGUCAGGAAAAUGCUGUCAUUUGAACAUCUAACUGGGUGGGAACAGUUAAUGGUUUCCUUUUUGUCAAAGUGCAUAAGAUUUUUUUGUAUCUGAUGUAUUGUCAGGUACAAAAAGUUAAAAAAAUUAUCCCUUCUAUUUGUCUUUCUCAAACCUUCCUCAAUCAUCUUUUUAUUCUAAAUCCAACCCUAAAUCUGUGAAAUUUAACUUUAAUGACUUCUUAAAGUUAGGUUAAAUAGUUCUGUCAUAAAACUGAUAAAAAUCCUUAUAGUUGUUUACUUUAGUGAGUUGUGUAUUAGUUGAUGACAUGGCUUUACUGGCAUGUAAAAAUCUACUUUUUGUUGAAUUUCUGCAACAAAACUUUGUGACAUCAGACCAGAAUUUCAAAGUUGACAUCUGUUGGCAUGGUGGGAUAAUUCAUAUGCAAAUUCAUACUUUCACCCAGGCAAGAGCGGUUCGAGUCCUAUCAAGAUUCUGAUUUAUCUCAUAAUUACGACGUUUUUCUAAUGUAUAAUUUUAACUUAAGUGAUACUGACUCAUCUCAAAGUAUUAAUUUAGAUCUAUCGUGAAAGUCAUAUUACUUUAUAUUUUUUCCACAAUUUCACAAAUGACAUUCCAUGCAGACAGCAUCAUUAAUUAUCAAAAAUAUCAAAUUUCUCAACUUCUCUUCAAGCAGAAGCUCUUUCAGUAUCCUAACAUGCAUUUUUAUGAGCAUCCUGGUGCCAAUGGAGAGCUGUGUAGCACAUAUCUGUCAGUCAUUUUAAAUUAUAAAUGAAUACGGUGCAUUUACAUUCCCUAUUUGUAUGCACAUUUGCUAUUUGCACAUGAAAAUAUCUAUUUAAACGUCAGCAAUUCAAAACUUCACCUUUAUCUUUACAAACCAGUUCACUAAAUUUGCUUAACAACUGCAGUUCAUUUGAUAUUUAACUCUUGAGCUACACUUGAAAGAAAAGGUUUGACAUGUUAAGGCUUAGGCAGCUUCCCUAUUUGAUUUUGUAGCAAUAUUUAAUUUUCCUUUUAAGAGCUCAAACAUUCCCUUUAAGUGGAAGUUUUAUUAAUUAACAAGCAGAUUUUAAUCUUUCUUGCCUUCCCUUCUAAAGAAAGUGUUGCUUUUUUUAAUCAUCCUGGACCUGAAUAAUCUGUUGUUGUUUUUUUUUUUCUAUACUUUGCCUUUAAUAACCAACCUAACUGAUGAUCUGCACUUUACAAUAAGACCCUUAAAAGCCCCUCAAACUUUUACCUUAAAGUUAGUCUGGUGGAAUCGGUGAAACUGGGGAAUUGGCAUGUCGUGAACUUGACGGAUGGAUGGACCACCAGACGUGACUGAGGUGAUGUUGUGCAUGACCUGUGUUGCCAUGGAGAUGUGAGGAUGAGGAGGAAGGUGAGCCGGAGUACUGAAUGUGUGCCUGCAGCAGUGUGACUACACACCGACCAAUCAACAGACAGGGUGGAUUUAAAACAAACAAACAAACAAGAAAAAAAAAACAAAAACGCCGAGUGCCAAAGCUGGGAUCUGCUGCAUUCUCACUACACUUUAAAAAAAAAAGGGUUCUUCUUCUUCUUCUUCUUCUUCUUCUUCUUCUUCUUGUAAAUAGGAUAUAUAUGUUUGUUUGUUUGGUUUUCCUGCAUUGAUACAGAUUUGUAAAAUUUUGCGGAAAAAUCUUGUUACAUUUUGUAAAAUGGGAGCAAUUCGUCCCCCCAGAACCCUCCUUCUUUUUUUUUUAACCCCUUUCUCGGCUCUUUUACCAUUUCUUUUUUGUUUGUUUGUUGUUGUUUUUAUUGUUGUUGUUGUUGAUGGACUUUUAAACAAUCAUGGUGCCAGCAGCGGUAUGCGUGCAACAUCCCUUUUUUUUUCUUCUCCUCUUUCUUUUCCCAUCUCUCCUUCUCGUCUUUUUGUACUGAAGCUGAGUGGAACCACUACAGAAACGAAAAAGACACAGACCAGUUGGCAAUACUUCAAUCACUUCUUCUUCGUCUAACCAGCACUGGACUUCCGCCCGCCACUCCCCUGGUGAGAGGAGAAGAGGUGGGAGGAAGAUGAGGAGGAGGAGGAGGAAGGGAAGGAUGGAGGAAGAGGGGGGCUUCA